GGGAUCCUACUAUUUGACAUUAAUAAUUAACCCGAGAACUAAUUUAAACAAAUUCCUCAAGCUGAGUUCACAAAAAUCAGGGCAACUGCAACAAAGGUUGUACCAGUGAUCUUAUGCUACUCCCACCAUGGGCAUUUUCACCAUAGUUUGUCUUUGUUUCUACUUGGGAGGAAGUUGGGGACAGCAGCAAGUAUAUGUCAUCUCAGCACCUAAAGUAUUCUAUCUUGGAACCUCUGAAAAUGUAGUAAUUCAGGCUUAUGGAUAUAUAGAAUCCUUCUCUGUGAUCCUUGCUGUUAAAAGUUAUCCCGACAAAAGUUUUACAUAUUCUUUUGACCGAGUUGAUUUGUCUCCAGAAAAUAAAUUUCAAAACUCUGCAAACUUAAUUAUACAACCAAAAGAUUUAUCUGGAGGGCUAAAUGCAGUUUCACAUGUAUAUUUAGAAGUUGUAUCAAUCCAUUUUUCAAAAGAAAGAAAAAUCCCACUACGCUAUGACAAUGGAUUUCUUUUUAUUCAGACAGACAGACCUGUUUAUAAUUUGGACCAACCAGUGAAAGUUAGAGUUUAUUCAUUGGAUAAAGACUUAAAACCAUCUCCAAGAGAAGUUAUUUUGACAUUUAUAGACCCAGAAGGGUUAGAAGUUGCCACAGUGGAAGAAAAAAAUCACACUGGAAUUAUCACUUUUCCUGACUUCAAGAUCCAAUCUAACCCUAAAUAUGGCUCAUGGACAAUUAAAGCUAAAUAUAAGGAGGACUUUACAACAACGGGAACUGCAUCUUUUGAAAUUAAAAGCUCUGAUAACUUCUUCAAAGAAACCAAACGAACUGAUGUCAAAUAUGGUCUGCCUCCCUACACAUUGGAUUUGGUUUCUACUCCUCUUUCUUUGAAGCCUGGAAUUCCAUAUUUUAUCAAGGUGCAGGUAAAGGAUGCUUUUGCCCAUUUUGUAGGAGGGAUUCCAGUAAUCUUAAAAGCAAAAAUAGUGGAUAAAACUCAGGAGAAAAGAGAGCUGGAUCCAAGGAAAAGUAUAACAAAUUAUCAUGAUGGCAUAGCUUCAUUUAUGGUUAACAUUCCCACUGGUGUGACAGCUCUGGAGUUUCACGUUAGAACUGAUAAUCCAGACCUUCCUGAACAGUAUCAGGCCAGCAAUGACUAUCAAGCAGUGACCUACUCAUCACCCAGCCAAAGUUUCCUUUCCCUUACCUGGACCGGUAGUCAGCAGAGUUUGCUGGUGGGAGAAUAUCUGAGUAUAACUAUUACCCCUGAAAGUCCAUAUCUUGACAAAAUUACACACUACAAUUAUUUGAUUUCAUCUAAGGGGAAAAUCGUACACUUUGGCACAGAGGAGAGAAUCCCAGCUUCAUCUUCCCAAAUUUUAAACCUUCCUGUGACUCAACACAUGGUUCCUACAGCCCAUCUCCUGGUCUAUUACAUCAUCCCAGGAGAGCUGACCGCAGAGUUAGUGUCUGACACCCUCUGCCUAAAUACUGAAGAAAAAUGUGGCAACCAGCUUCAGAUUCAUCUGUCUCCAAGGAAAGAUGUACAUUUUCCAGGUGAAGCCGUAUCGCUUAUCAUGGAAACUCAGUCAGAGCUGUGGGUAGCAUUAACAGCAUCAGACAGUGGUACAUAUGGCAUCCAAGGAAGAGGCAAAAGUCCCAUGGAAAGAGUAUUUGGAGCUGCAGGGAAAAUUGACCAGGGCUGUGGAGCAAGUGGCGGCAGAAGCAAUGCUGAAGUGUUCAGCGCGGCAGGUCUCACUGUCCUCACCAAUGCAAAUGCAGAGGAUUCCCAACAAAUUGAUGGAUCACAUAAGAACAUUAACAGAUCAAGAAGAUCCUUGAAAGAGGAAAUAGACAAUCUAGCGUCUCAGUUCAGACACCCCACCAUCCAGAAGUGCUGUUACGAUGGAGCCCAUAAAAGCGAGGAGAACUGCACAGAGAGAGCCGCGCGGAUCACUGUUGGCCCAAGGUGCGUGGCAGCUUUCUCUCAGUGCUGCAGCCGGGCCAGUGAGUUGCGAGGUGACCUUUUGUACAAGACGCCCCUCUUGGGUCGAGCACCAGGACUUCCAGAAAAUCCCAUACUGGUAGUCCAAGUUCCAGCUAAGACUGUUUUAGAAAAUUGGUUGUGGGGAGUACAUCAUGUUUCUAAAAGGCAUCAGAUGGAGGUUGUGCUACCUGAUUUCCUAACUACCUGGGAAAUUCAAGGAAUUGGCAUUUCAGAUAAAGGUCUAUGUGUUGCUGAUGUGCUGAGGUUGCACGCCGACGAAGACCACGUCUCUGUCAUAAACAACAAUAUUACAAGACUCAAUGAAAAGCAACAGUUUUUAACAUCAAAACCACAGGAAUCUAAGUAAGCAGCCGUUGACUCAGAAAUGCUGGUUGGUGCUUCAGGAACCUUCUGGACAGCAACCUUCUAGGUACCAGGAUGAUGGAACAAAAAAAUUAAUCCCUGCCCUACGACAUGUAGAGGAUCUAUUCCAGCCCUUGACUGCUCACCACUGGAUUUCUUUUAAGUGAGGAGGAAAUAAAUAAACGCUUGUUUUAUUUAAGCAACAA